AUGGUUGCCUUUGAGAACAAACGUUUAACUAGUGAUGAACUGACGUCGCCGAGAAUCGAACCCACGUCUUGUGGAAUAAAAGUUCGCAACCAUGUCAGCAGCAUCUGCAGCACAUGGGGAAGAGAACACUUCAAGACGUUUGACGGUGAUGUGUACCAGUUCUCCGGCCCUUGCGAAUACAACCUGGCCUCAGACUGCCACAUGUCCAUCCAGGAGUUCUCAGUGCACAUAAGGAGGGAGCAGAAUGAUGGGAACCCAACUGUCCGCUACGUGAUGGUCACCAUCAAUGACCUUACCUUCCACCUCACAAAGGAAGUGGUCACUGUCAACCACCAACCGGUCUCAAUGCCGUACUAUAACGGUGGCGUUCAAGUAGAAAAUAAUGCCGUCUACAUCAAGCUGCAGUCCAAAGUUGGCCUUGUCGUCAUGUGGAAUGGUGAUGAUGCGGUCAUGGUGGAGGUUGAUCAGGACUAUGCUAAUCGCACUUGUGGACUCUGUGGUGACUACAACGGUGUUCCUGUCUACAAUGAGUUGAUUUACAAUGAUCGAAUAAUUAGCCACAUCGAAUUUGGUAACAGCCAGAAAGUUCAUCAUCCAAACGAUGACUGUGAAGACCCCUUUGAGGAGUAUGGAGAACAGCUUGAAGAUGUGCCACUAGAGGAUUCUUGCGAGGAGUUUAAAACCAUCUGCCGCCAAAUGUUUUUUUCAGAGCCCUGGAGCCCCUGUACCCAACUUAUUGACCCUACGCCAUACGUACAGGCUUGUGUUCAGGACAUGUGUGGCUGCAACAACCGCACUAAUAACUUUUGUGUCUGCAGCACACUUUCUGAGUUCUCUCGACAGUGUUCCCACGCUGGUGGACACCCUCCCAACUGGAGGACACCGCAAUUCUGUGCCAAACAGUGCCCAUACAACAUGGUGUAUGAGGAGAGUGGUUCUCCAUGCAUGGACACGUGCACACACCUGGACACAAGUUCUCUGUGUGAGGAUCACAGAAUGGACGGCUGUUUUUGUCCUCCUGGAACUGUGUUUGAUGACAUUUCCCUGAGAGGGUGCAUAGCUCAGUCCGAAUGCCAAUGCAAGCAUGGCAGAAUCUACAACUCCAGUGAGGGCUACCACCAAAACAAGGAGAUAUGUACGUGUUUUCAGGGCAGAUGGUCUUGUGAGUAUCUUGAGACAUCAGCUACAUGUGCAGUGGAGGAGGGCUCACAUUUAACCACCUUUGAUGGGAACUCCUACACCUUCCAUGGGAAUUGUUUUUACACACUAGCCAAGGUUGAAAGCAAGGAUGUGUCAAGUCCAAAGUUUACUAUACAGGUCCAGUUGACGCCUUGUACAAACCAAGAGUUUGACACUUGUCUCAAGGCCCUUAAAGUCCUGCUAAACAAUGACAGAAAUAACGUAUUGAUGUUCACUUCUGAUGGGAAAGUAAAGCAGAACCAACGGACCAUGACUUUGCCAUACCAAACAGGGGACAUCAACAUAUUCCACGCCUCAUCUUUUCACAUUAUGCUCCAUACUUCUUUUGGGUUGCAAAUACAAGUACAGCAUGUGCCUCUCAUGCAAGUUUAUGUGAGGCUGGAGCAGAGUUACAAGGGAAAGACACGUGGUUUAUGCGGCAACUACAACCUCGCCUUGUCUGACGACUUUAAGACCCCUCAGGGGAUUGUUGAGGGAACGGCGACAACGUUUAGUAACACUUGGAAGGCCAACCAGAUGUGUCGAGACACAAGGGAGAGACUUGAUGACCCCUGUUCUCUUAGCAUUGAAAACGAAUUGUACGCCAAACAUUGGUGUGCCUUGCUGUUGCGUCCGAAUAGCACCUUUGAACAGUGCCAUUCAUUAGUGGAUCCUGAUGUUUACUAUAAGCGCUGCACUUAUGCCAGCUGCAACUGUGACAAGAAUGAAGCCUGCCUAUGUGCUGUCUUCUCCUCCUAUGCACGAGCUUGUGCAUCGAAGGGAGUCUUCCUGACCGACUGGAGGGCAAAUGUUUGCGACAGGUACACAAAGAGCUGCCCAGCAUCCCAGAUCUUCUCAUACAAGCAUCAACGCUGCGAGCUGACUUGUAGAUCACUGAGUGCAAAACUGCAGACUUGCUCCUCCGACUUCCUGCCUGUAGAUGGCUGCUCCUGCCCCAAGGACCACUACCUGGAUGAACAUGAUAUUUGCAUCCCCAAAGAGAAAUGUCCCUGUUAUCACAAUGAGGCCUAUAUCAAGCCGGGGAAGUCCAUCAACAUCAAUGACGAGCACUGUGUGUGCAGGAACGGGGUGCUUCAUUGCCGCUCUUGGAGAGCACGCUCAUCAGUAUGCCCUCCGCACAAAGAGUUUUUCAACUGCUCCUAUGCUGGUGCAGGACAGCUUGGAGUCCAGUGUGCAGCAUCUUGUUCAAAUCUGGAUAGCGAUGAUUGUGACUACGGUGAGUGUGAAUCCGGAUGUCAGUGUCCUCUUGGCCUUUUUGACGAUGGCAAAGGUUUUUGUGUGGAAAAAUCGGAGUGUCCAUGUCAGCAUAAUGGUCAAAUCUAUGCCUCUGGAACGCAAAUUCCUCAGCAGUGCAACACGUGCACUUGCAAAAGCGGAAACUGGUUGUGCACAGAGGAAAAAUGCUCAGGAACUUGCAUUAUUUAUGGAAGUGGCCAUUUCAAUACAUUUGAUCAGCGAACAUAUGGCUUUCAAGGACACUGCAGCUAUGUUGCAGUCAAGAACAAAUGUGGCAAUAAAACAGCAGGGGACAACAUUGGAGUCAUCACAGAGAAUGUACCAUGUGGCUCCACAGGUACCACAUGCUCAAAAACUGUCAGAAUCCAGCUUGGGCGAAUGGAAAUCAAACUAGCAAAAGGAAAAUAUGAAGAGGUGGACACGGGAAAGGGAAGUCAGAUAAAAUACACGAUAAGAAGGGUUGGCAUGUAUCUGGUUGUAGAAUCUGCAAUUGGACUAGCAGUCAUGUGGGAUCGCAAAACAACUGUCCGCAUCCUCCUGGAACGUCAACACAGUGGAGACGUAUGUGGCCUGUGUGGAAAUUUUGAUGGCAAUGGACAGAAUGACUUCACCACUCAGGGGCAGCUUUUAGUGAACACCGUUUUAGAAUUUGCCAACAGCUGGAAAACCUCCAGCAGUUGCCCAAAUGUGGAAACAAACAGCGAUCCUUGUGUGGCAACACCAAACCGACAUCACUGGGCCAAAAUGAUGUGCAGCAUUAUAAACGGCGAAACAUUCAAAGAAUGUCACAAUAAGGUGGAUCCACAGCCAUAUUAUGAGAACUGUGUGAAAGACUCAUGUGCCUGUGACACCGGGGGAGACUGUGAAUGUUUUUGUACUGCAGUUGCAGCUUAUGCUCAGGCUUGCAAUGAGGCAGGCGUAUGUGUGGCAUGGAGAACACCAGAUAUCUGUCCUGCCUUCUGUGAUUAUUAUAACAACCCACAAGAAUGCAGAUGGCAUUACAACCCAUGUCAUCAACCCUGCUACAAGACCUGCUUGAAUCCAGAGGGAAUUUGUAGCAACCCCUUACCCCAACUGGAGGGUUGUUACCCCGUGUGCCCGGAAGAUAAGCCGCUAUUUGAUGAGGAACACCAGAUAUGUGUUGAGGAAUGUGAAGGUUGCUUUUACAAUGAAACAAGAUACGAUCCAUAUGAAGUUAUUUUCAAUGUCACUGACAAUUUAGGAAUGUGCUACUAUGCGAUAUGUAUAAAUACAACAGUUGUAUUUGACAAUCAAACCUGCUCCACUACAACUGUGCCUCCUACAACAACCUCUGCUCCUGAGACUGAAGGACCCACCACAACAACUGAAGGUCCAACUACAACAACUAAAUCGACAACCACAACACCAGGACCCACCUCAACAACUGAAGGACCCACCACAACAAGUGAAGGUUCAACUACGACAACUAAAUCAACAACCACAACAGCAGGACCCACCACAACAACUGAAGGUCCAACUACGACAACUAAAUCGACAACCACAACAGCAGGACCCACCACAACAAGUGAAGGUUCAACUACGACAACUAAAUCAACAACCACAACAGCAGGACCCACCACAACAACUGAAGGUCCAACUACGACAACUAAAUCGACAACCACAACAGCAGGACCCACCACAACCACUGAAGGUCCAACUACGACAACUAAAUCGACAACCACAACAGCAGGACCCACCACAACAACUGAAGGUCCAACUACGACAACUAAAUCAACAACCACAACAGCAGGACCCACCACAACCACUGAAGGUCCAACUACGACAACUAAAUCAACAACCACAACAGCAGGACCCACCACAACAACUGAAGGUCCAACUACAACAACUAAAUCAACAACCACAACAGCAGGACCCACCACAACAACUGAAGGUCCAACUACGACAACUAAAUCAACAACCACAACAGCAGGACCCACCACAACCACUGAAGGUCCAACUACGACAACUAAAUCAACAACCACAACAGCAAGACCCACCACAACCACUGAAGGUCCAACUACAACAACUGUUACUACUCCAGGUUCAACUACACAAUGCUUCUGUGUCAUAAAUGGCAAGCAUUAUUCACCAGGGGAAAUUAUCUUAGACAUGGAACACAUUGGAUCAGGAAUAUGUCUCACAAUGAUAUGCUCGGAUGUUUGUGAGAUCAAAAACAAGACUGAAGCUUGCUGGACUACACCCUUGCCAAAACCUACACCUUCUGUUCCUACAUGCCCUGACUGGGAAGUCGCACAAAAUGAGACCUUCUUGUUGUGUAACUGCACAAUGGCAAGAUGCAUUGAAAACAACACAAUAGAAAUAAUUCCCUAUGAAUGUCCACCAUUAAAGAAAAUCACUUGCGCCAAUGGAAAGAAACCUGUUCUUGUUUCUGAUAAGGACCACUGCUGCCACCAGUAUGCUUGUGACUGUGAAUGUAAAGGCUGGGGAGAUCCUCAUUACAUCACAUUUGAUGGACUGUACUACAACUAUCAAGGAAAUUGUACCUACGUCCUAAUGGAGGAGAUUACACCAAAACAUCGCUUAAAGAUUUUUGUUGAUAACAUCAACUGUAAUCCCACUAAACAAGUUACUUGCCCACGCUCGUUAAUUAUAUCCUAUAUAUCAGAAGUGAUCGUACUCAAGAGUCAAAAUCUUGUUGGAGCAGCAGAACUGGAGGCAUUCCAAGAUGAAAAACGCUUACAACUCCCCUAUUUACAACAAGGAUUUAAGAUCUUUAAUUCUGGCAUUUCUUUGGUUGUGGAGAUCAUGCCUUUGGGAGUUAUUAUUACUUUUGGAACAAGUGGCUUUACUGUCAGUCUACCUUAUGAAUAUUUUGGCAGCAACACACAGGGCCAAUGUGGUACAUGCAACAACAACAAAGCAGACGACUGCAUGUUGCCUGGAGGCCAGCUUGUGCAAAACUGUAACGUAAUGGCUGACUUUUGGCCUGCAAAAGAUAUUUACCAACCAAACUGCCAGAUACCACCUGUGCUUCCGACCAAUGCACCUGAGCCCCCGCCUACAAUGACUCCAUGCAACCCAGAAUCUGACUGUGAUCUGCUUAUGGGCAGUGUCUUUGAAGAGUGCCAUCCCUUCAUCGAUCCAGAGAAUUACUACCAAGGCUGUGUUUUUGACAGCUGCCAUGUGUCCAACCCAGCUAUAGAAUGCACCAGUUUGCAAAUCUAUGCUGCCGCCUGUGCUCAGGCUGGUGUUUGUCUGCACUGGAGGAAUGCCACCAGACAUUGUGGAAGUGAUUGCCCACCCGACAAAGUCUACAAACCCUGUGGUUUUGUUGAACAGCCAACUUGUGAAGACAGUCGGAAUGUACCAACGUUAGACUACGUGACUGAAGGCUGCUUUUGUCCUGAGGGUACAAAGCUCUUCAACAAAGAAUCUGGCAUAUGUGUUGCUAAGUGUGGAUGUCUUGAUCCUGUGGGUAUUGCUCGUGAGUUUGAUGAAAGAUUUCAGUACAAAUGCCAAAACUGCAUCUGCGAGGAGACCACCGAGGUUAUAACAUGCAAGCCUAAGGUGUGCCCGCCAUCACCUGCGGCCAACUGCACAAGUCCAGGCUUCGUCGUCGUCAACGAAACCAAUCCAGCAGACCCUUGCUGUACUGCCGAAGUUUGCAGAUGUCACAGCAACACAUGCCCAGUCAAUGACAUGGUGUGUCCAAUUGGAUAUACUGUCGUUGUCAGUGUGCCUGUGGGAAAAUGCUGUCCAGAACACAUAUGCGAGCCGAAAAAAGUUUGCGUCCACAAAAAUGCUGAAUACCAGCCUGGUGAUACGGUUCCCGUGGUUCCGUGCCAGGAGUGUACCUGUACUAACUUUGUGGACCCCAAAUCUGGUUUAUUGAAAAUAAACUGCGAGUUUCAGCAAUGUCAACAACAAUGUAAUCAGGGUUAUAGAUAUGCUGCAGCCAAGACCAAUGAAUGCUGUGGAAGGUGCAUACAGACACACUGCCUCUUAAAUAUCAGUGGAAGUGAGCAGGUGGUGAGGCAAGGAGAUAUGUGGUCACCACCGGGUGACAAGUGUGAGCAUUACACCUGUGUGAAACAUAAUGACACGUUAACAGCUGUCGCCACACGCAUUGUGUGUCCACCAUUCCAGCAAAGUAACUGCCAACCUGAUACAAUACAAACCGCUGCAAAUGGCUGUUGUCAAAUCUGUGUGGAGCGGGAGAAGGCCUGCAAGCUGGUGCAGACUACAAAGCGUAUUGUACACAAGAACUGUCAAUCUUUGGAGGAGGUCAACAUUCCAUACUGUGAAGGCUUUUGCAACACGUACACCAAAUACUCAGAGGAGGCGUCCGCUGUGCAGCCGACCUGCUCCUGCUGUAAGGGCGCCCGAUACAGCAAUCGCACGGUGGACUUGCAGUGUCUGAAUGGAGACGUUGUUCCUUACUCCUACAUCCACAUGGAGGAGUGUACUUGCACUCUGAGCGACUGCAGCACACAUGUGGGAGCUCCCGUUAGGAGGAGGAGAAGCUUUACUCUUUUCUAAUUUCAAAAUCACAUUUAUGGAUGCUCGGAGAAAAAGGUCUCUCAUCACACAGCUUAUAAAAAAUGUUUACUUGCAUUUUCUUGAAUAAAAGC